AGCUGCAGCUUACAGUUGACAACAUUGCAUGACUGCUCGGGGCCUGGAAAGUGCUAGAAAACAAAAGCAACCUGUGGAUACUUACAGAGAAGGGGGAAAAAAUUAUAUAUUACUGUAAAAUAAUAUAUUUAUUAUACUAGGUUCUUCUUGGUGUUUGUCAACUUCCUGAGACUGAUAAUGCUCUGUCUAAAGCAAUUAGGAGCAAUUAGCGCUGGCGUUUCGCUCAUUAGACAAGCCGGAAAUUUGGCCAGCGGAAAUGGACAUUUGUUUCGAAGAAAUCUAAAUCAGCUGAUGCACACGAGUGCAGCAGUUUCACACCAUCCACGUCAUCAGCACGUGAUCCUGGACACGGAGACUGAGAUGGACAGUGCGUGUGCAGGGUCUGGCCUGGAGGAUCUUCUUUUUUACACAAUUAGUCAGGGAGAGGAGAGAAUCUCAGUGGAACGUUUCAUCAGUGAAUUGGAGAGCACAGGAUUAUUGACUUCUGACCCUCGGCUGAGGGGCUGCAUGCAGCAGCUCCAUCAUGCAGUGCAUGAGUCUACUGGGAAAGCAAUGAUGGACCAAGCGCUCUUCAAGAAAUGUGCUGGCAGUAAUAUUGUUUUGCUCACUCAAGCCUUCCAGAGAAAAUUUAUCAUCCCAGAUUUCCUGACAUUUGCGUCGAAUAUUAACCAGCUGUACUAUAAUGUACAAACCGAGCAAGGAGGCCAAGUAGCCAACUACAUUCCUCAGCUUGCUAAAUUUAGACAUGAUCUUUGGGGUGUGUCUUUGUGCACUGUCGAUGGUCAGAGGCAUUCUGUAGGAGAUACAAGAGAAGCAUUCUGUUUGCAGUCAUGUAUAAAGCCCCUCGAGUAUGCUCUGGCUGUCCAUGAAUUCGGGACAGAGCAUGUGCAUAAAUAUGUGGGAAAAGAGCCCAGUGGUGUUAAAUUUAACACAUUAAAUCUAAAUGAAGACGAAAAGCCUCAUAACCCAAUGGUUAAUGCAGGGGCCAUAGUGACCAUGUCUCUUCUAAAGCCUGGGUACAAGAAGGCUGAGAAAUUCGAUUAUAUGAUGGAUUAUAUGAAGAGAAUGGCUGGUGGUGAAUAUGUGGGUUUCAGUAAUUCUACGUUUCAGUCAGAAAAAGAGACGGGUGAUAGAAACUUUGCAAUCGGUUAUUAUUUGAAGGAGAAAAAAUGUUUCCCUAAUAGUUCAGACAUGGUAUCAGCUCUGGAUUUCUACUUUCAGCUGUGUUCUAUGGAGGUUACCUGCGAGUCAGGCAGUGUCAUAGCGGCCACUCUGGCUAACGGAGGAAUCUGUCCAAUCACAGGCGAGCACGUGCUGAGUGCAGAGGCUGUGAGAAACACUCUCUGUCUUAUGCACUCCUGUGGCAUGAACGACUUCUCUGGCCAGUUUGCUUUCCAUGUGGGCUUGCCAGCUAAGUCAGGAGUGUCUGGUGCUGUGCUCUUGGUAGUUCCUAAUAUCAUGGGCGUGAUGUGCUGGUCCCCCCCUAUUGAUCGUGUGGGUAACAGUGUACGAGGCGUGCACUUCUGUCAGGAGCUGGUUUCUCUUUUUAACUUCCAUAAUUAUGACAACCUGAGACACUGUGCCAAGAAACUGGAUCCUCGCAGACAGUCUGGCCACGAGCGGAACAAGGCUGUAAUUGAGCUGAUGUUUGCAGCAUACAGUGGAGAUGUCUCAGCACUCAGGAGGUUUGCUUUAUCAGCGGUGGAUAUGGAGUUGAGGGAUUAUGAUUCUCGGUCAGCUCUGCACUUGGCUGCUGCAGAAGGUCAUCUGGAAGCUGUUAAGUUCUUAACAGGGACAUGCAAAGUGAACCCCCAUGUCAAGGACAGGUGGGGAAACACACCCCUGGAUGAUGCUAUAGAGUUCGGAAAAGACAGCGUGGCUGAGGUGUUGAAGGAAUAUCAGCACAUUUAUUCCCACACCCUGAUGCCGGAGGAGAUCAGCACACAAGGCCACGGUGAGGUAGCACUGGAUGCAGACGACCUGGAGAACAUGGAGGCUGUGGACAGGUUUGUGUGAUAGAUGACACCGCUGUUUAAUGAAAAUGCAUUCCUUCGAGGAAUACAGUAAGAUGAUCCAGUAGGAGUCUGCCAGAUGAAAGGGCACUAAACAGGUGUGCUGUUGAUACUGAUGUGAUGUUUAGUGUCAGGCCAAGUUCCCGAAUUAGAUGACACAAUUCAGAUGAACACAACUCUUAAUCAACGCAUUAGGCUACAUUCGUAAGGCUUAUGUGAAAUCCUUACACUUUUCCCUAUUCUGUCAGUCAACAAACCUAAGUAAUGUAAUAAGACACCAGGAAAUGUUCUAACAUGACUUACAUGCAAUGAGUGUAAAUACUACAGUGGCCCUGGCGUCUUUGGAACUAUAAUUAUUUACUGAAACGUGGGCACAUUUUACAGUAAAUGUCAGUAAAAUUGCAUGCUCCUGUAAAUAUUCUCUACAGUUUUAUUUAAAUGCUAGCAUUAUACCACUCGCCUGACCAAGGGUUACUCCUAAAACCUUUUAUAGUUCAAACUCCUACCGUAAAACUGUAAUAGGACUGUAUUACUAUCAUAUUUAAAGGAGAUGGACUCUUUACAGAUAGGACUACUGUUUUUUUAAAGCACUGUUGUUGUACUUUUUUUGUAAAUACAUGUUUAUAUUUCAUGUAUAUAUUUAAUAAUACAGCAAUGUUGUACUUAUAUGCAAGAAUACACUUAGACACUUUUUUUAUUAUAUAAUGCACUGUAGGGUAUUAAGAAUCUCAGUCAAGCGGUCAUUUGACUUCCUUUAGUGAAUUCUUGAAGGUAUUGUAAUGUUGUUAUGCAUUGUUUGUACCCAGAUAUAUACAGUCAGUGUCAUGAAACCAACUGAUGUUAUACUAUCUGAAUGCUCAAAUAAAUAAAAGCUAAUUCUGAUUAAACAAA